CGAAUACGUGGCCAUUUCGUGAUCUCUUUCUCGAAAACUUCGAUCCGGAUCGAAUCGCAGAUCAUUAAAUACCAUGGGGGCGUAUAAGUAUGUUGAAGAGCUCUGGAAGAAAAAGCAAAGUGAUGUUCUCCGUUUCCUGCAGCGCGUUCGUGUGUGGGAGUAUCGGCAGCUUCCCUCAGUUUGCCGCGUGACUCGUCCGACUCGCCCGGACAAGGCUCGAAGACUAGGAUACAAGGCGAAGCAGGGCUUUUGUGUAUACCGUGCACGAGUCCGUCGUGGCGGCCGUAAGCGGCCCGUUUCAAAGGGAAUUCGCUAUGGCAAGCCUGUUCAUCAAGGAGUCAAGAAGCUCAAGUUCGCUCGCAACCUGAGAUCCGUUGCGGAAGAACGCACUGCUCGGCGUUGUGGUGCUCUUCGUGUGCUCAAUUCCUAUUGGCUGAACGAGGAUUCUGUGUAUAAGUACUAUGAAGUAAUCAUGGUCGAUCCAAUGCACAAAGUCAUUCGAGGUGAUCCCCGCAUCAACUGGAUAUGCGCCCCCGUCCAUAAACACCGUGAGUUGCGUGGUCUGACAUCAGCUGGUCGGAAGUACCGAGGACUUCAAGGAAAGGGACACAACUACAACAAGUCGCGCCCCUCCAAGCGAGGAACCUGGAAGCGCAACCAGCAACUGUCUCUCAGACGUUAUCGUUAGGGAGUUACGCCGUAAGAUUCCUGGCAUCAGAAUGAUCCAGCGAGAGUCUCAAGUUAAUUCCUGGAAAGUCCUUUAUAGUCACUCGAUCUUCUGCCUUGAACAGCUGGAAAGGACAGAAUCAAGAGGAAAUAUUUCAACCUAGCAUGCAUGACCUGUAAUAAAAUGCAUGCAUACUGCUCUACACCUAUUUAUGCUUUCGAAGUGUUGCCUCUAAGAACGAGAUGUGUGAAGACUUCUC